UUUCCUUAACUUUCACUAAAGGAGUGGGGGCUACUAUAGACUAAAGUUCCCUUCCCAAGGUCGCAAAAACAUGACAAGCUGCAAUCUUUCUCAUGCUCAAUGACUUCUGCUGUAAGCCAAAGGACUGCCAGUGAUUUUGCUAAGGAUGUCUGCUAGUUCAGAUCCUGGAGAUUUUCAAGGAUUUCUAAAGCGUGGACUUACAGCUGUUGUGUCUGCACCGAGAUCCAAGACUCAACACUCCCCAAAACUUGAGGAACAACUCCGGGAAAAACGUGCUGGGCUUCCGGACCGACCCCGACCGCCCAUUCCCGCCCGCCUUGUCAUGCUACCCAAAGUGGAGACGGAAGCCCCAGGACUGGCCCGAUCGCAUGGGGAACGGGGGCAGAUGCCCGAAAAUAUGCAAGUGUCUCAAUUUAAAAUGGUGAAUUACUCCUAUGAUGAAGAUCUUGAAGAGCUAUGUCCUGUGUGUGGCGAUAAAGUAUCCGGCUACCAUUAUGGCCUCCUUACCUGUGAAAGCUGCAAGGGUUUUUUUAAGCGAACAGUCCAAAACAAUAAAAGGUACACAUGUAUUGAAAACCAGAACUGCCAAAUUGACAAAACACAGCGAAAACGAUGUCCUUACUGUCGAUUCCAAAAGUGUCUGAGUGUUGGGAUGAAACUGGAAGCCGUGAGAGCCGACCGCAUGCGCGGAGGGAGAAAUAAGUUUGGGCCAAUGUACAAGAGAGACAGGGCCCUAAAGCAGCAGAAGAAAGCCCUCAUUCGAGCUAACGGACUGAAGCUGGAGGCCAUGUCUCAAGUGAUCCAAGCCAUGCCCUCGGACCUGAACAUCUCCGCAAUUCAGAACAUUCAUUCUGCCUCCAAAGGCCUACCUCUGAACCACGCUGCCUUGCCUCCCACAGACUAUGACCGAAGUCCCUUUGUCACAUCUCCCAUUAGCAUGACAAUGCCACCUCAUGGCAGUCUGCAAGGUUACCAACCAUAUGGUCACUUUCCUAAUAGGGCCAUCAAGUCUGAGUAUCCAGACCCCUACAGCAGCUCUCCUGAGUCGAUGUUGAGCUAUUCCUACAUGGAUGGCUACCAGACAAGCUCCCCAGCAGGCAUCCCGCAGCUGAUACUGGAACUUCUGAAGUAUGAACCGGAUGAGCCUCAAUUUCAAGUGAAAAUGAUGAAUUUCUUACAAGAAGAGCAAGCUAACCGAAGCCACCGCGAAAAGCUGAGUGUGUUUGGGCUCAUGUGCAAAGUGGCGGACCAGACCCUCUUCUCCAUCGUCGAGUGGGCCAGGGGUAGUGUCUUCUUCAGAGAACUGAAGGUUGAUGACCAAAUGAAGCUGCUUCAGAACUGCUGGAGUGAGCUCUUGAUCCUCGACCACAUUUACCGGCAAGUGGUAUAUGGGAAGGAAGGCUCGAUCUUCCUGGUUACUGGGCAACACCUGGACUACUCCACCAUAGCUUCACAAGCCGGAAGCACGCUCCACAACCUCAUAUGCCACGCCCAGGAACUGGCGGUGAGACUCCGUUCACUACAGUUUGACCAACGAGAGUUUGUGUGUCUGAAGUUCCUCGUGCUGUUCAGCUUAGAUGUCAAGAAUCUUGAGAACUCCCAGAUAGUGGAAGGUGUCCAGGAACAGGUGAACGCAGCCCUGCUAGACUACACGAUGUGCAACUACCCGCAACAAACUGAGAAGUUCGGACAACUACUUCUUCGACUACCCGAAAUCCGAGCAAUCAGCUUGCAGGCGGAAGAGUACCUCUACCACAAACACCUGAAUGGGGAUGUGCCCUAUAACAACCUUCUCAUUGAAAUGCUGCAUGCAAAAAGAGCCUAAGUUAGCAUCCCUGCAAGCUUGCCCCGAGGAAGAGAGACUGGAGGGAGAG